UGUGUGUGAGGAUGUUAGCUAAGCUCUGAGGCUGGGGCAGAGAAAAGUGGGCACGGUGCGGCGUGUUUUGGGUCAUUGACAGCUCUCUGAAGAUUUCACCUUUCAUUGAUGAAACCGGCUUCAAACCGUCAACAAACGUCAACACGCGCAAAAGCUGAAGCAAUUAUUUCAGUGAAGAGCUCCUCGAGCUGGGACCGCGCGCACAGCACAAGUUCACUGGAUCCAGCGCGGUCGCCCCCUCCCGCUGGACUCCCCAGGUCCGCUCCGACCCACGUCAUUUUCCCUCCUCCCUCAGCGGAGAGCAGCAGGCUUUAGGAGGGACUCUUCCACCGAGCAGCAGUCAAACCAGGCGCCGGGAAAAUGUCUGGCAGCGAGGAUGACAGGGAGGACUACGGAGCCGCGGAGGAGCACGCUCUUCUCCACGACGAGGACGAGGCGGAGGAUGCGGUGUGUGAUGCAGAAGAAGCGCCCAAGUCCAAAAAGAAGAAGAAAGCCAAGAAGAGCAGCCGAGAGAGCCGGAGCAGCAAGAGACAAAGGCCCGUCAGAGAGCAGGAGUUGCCCGUCAGCUCUCCGGAGCCGCUGAUGGAGGUGGAGACGAUAGGGAGAGAAGCCGACGAAAGCAUCGUGCGGUCAGAAAGUGAAGGCAGUGAUUACGCUCCGGGAAGAAAGAAGAAGAAGCGAUCAAGCAACGCGAAAGAGAAGAAGAAGAGCUCGGCUGCAGAGAAAGGAGGGUCCUCAAAAAGCAAACGCAAAGAGCCUGAGCCCGAAGAGGACGAUGACGACGAUGAUGACUGUCAGCCUAAAAGCUCCACACAGCUCCUGGAGGCCUGGGGCAUGAAAGACAUCGACCACGUCUUCACCGAGGACGACUACAACUCCAUCACCAACUACAAAGUCUUCAGCCAGUUUGUCAGGCCCUUGAUCGCAGCUAAAAACCCUAAAAUCGCCGUGUCAAAGAUGAUGACUUUGAUGAUGGCCAAAUGGAGAGAGUUCAGCACUAACAACCCACUGAAGGGUUGUGCCACAGCUAACGCCGCCUUGGCCACCGCUAACGUGGCUGCAGCCGUGGAGAACAUGGUGGCUUCAGACGUGGGACCAGAGAACGGAUCAGCCUCGUCUCCUGCCUCCGCCCCAGCACCUCCCCCUGUUCCCCCUCCUCUGCGAAAGGCCAAGACCAAAGAGGGAAAAGGUCCAAAUGCAAGAAAAAAGUCCAAGUCUAAGGCUCCACUGAAACCCAAACCCAAAAAGGUGGCACCACUUAAAAUCAAACUGGAUGGUAUCAAGAGGAAACGCUCAUCUAGUGAUGAAGAUGAGCCAGACGCAGACAGUGAUUUUGACAACGGCUCGUUCUCUGUGUCCGAUGGCUCCAGUCGCAGCAGCCGACCCAAGAAGAAGUCCAAGAAUGCAAAGAAAAAGAAGAAAGUAGAAACAGAAGACGGUGAUGGAUAUGAGACGGAUCACCAGGACUACUGUGAGGUGUGUCAGCAGGGAGGGGAGAUCAUCCUGUGUGACACCUGCCCCAGAGCCUAUCACAUGGUCUGCCUCGACCCAGACAUGGAGAAGGCCCCAGAGGGCAAGUGGAGCUGCCCGCACUGCGAGAAGGAGGGAAUCCAGUGGGAGGCGCGGGACGACCUGUCGGAGGCGGAGGGUGAGGAUGACGAUGAUCGUCAGGAGGAUGGAGCAGAGGAGGAAGACGACCACCACAUCGAGUAUUGUCGCAUGUGUAAAGAUGGAGGAGAGCUGCUGUGCUGUGACACCUGCCCCUCCUCCUACCACAUCCACUGCCUCAACCCCCCUCUGCCCGAGAUCCCCAACGGAGAGUGGAUCUGCCCCCGCUGCAAGUGUCCACCCCUUAAAGGCAAAGUGCAGAAGGUCCUGACAUGGCGCUGGGGCGACCCUCCUCCCCCCACCCCUGUCCCACGCCCCGCAGACCUGCCUGCAGACGCCCCAGACCCCCCUCCUUUGGUCGGCCGCCGUGAGAGGGAGUUCUUUGUCAAAUGGUGCAACCUGUCGUACUGGCACUGCGCCUGGGUGCAGGAGCUGCAGCUGGAGCUGAACUGUCAGGUGAUGUUUCGAAACUACCAGAGAAAGACAGACAUGGACGAGCCCCCUCCUGUGGACUUUGGAGGAGAUGGAGACGACGACAAGAGCACGAAGCGAAAGAACAAAGACCCCCUGUACACGCGCAUGGAGGAGGACUUCUAUCGCUUCGGUGUGAAGCUCGAGUGGCUGAUGAUUCACCGCAUCCUCAAUCACAGUGUUGAUAAGAAAAACAACGUUCACUACCUGAUCAAAUGGAGAGACUUGCCCUGUGACCAGUCGACCUGGGAGAGUGAAGACAUGGACAUCCCAGAUUAUGACUCUUACAAACAAACAUACUGGAACCACAGGGAGCUGAUGAUGGGUGAGGAGGGCCGACCAGGCAAAAAAUUCAAAAAGCAAGUCAAAAUUAAAAAAGCAGAGAGACCUCCAGCAAAUCCAGUCGUAGAUCCCACUAUAAAGUUUGAUCGUCAGCCGGAGUAUCUGGACAGCACUGGGGGGACGCUGCACCCGUACCAGCUGGAGGGUCUGAACUGGCUCCGGUUUUCCUGGGCUCAAGCCACGGACACAAUCCUCGCCGAUGAGAUGGGACUCGGAAAAACUGUCCAGACCGCCGUGUUUCUGUAUUCACUGUACAAAGAGGGUCACUCCAAAGGUCCGUUCCUGGUGAGUGCUCCUCUCUCCACCAUCAUAAACUGGGAGAGAGAGUUUGAGAUGUGGGCUCCGGACAUGUACGUGGUGACUUAUGUGGGAGACAAAGACAGCAGAGCGGUCAUCCGAGAAAACGAGUUCUCCUUCGAAGGCAACGCCAUCAGAGGAGGCAAGAAAGCAUCCAAAAUGAAGAAAGACUCCCAGGUUAAGUUCCACGUCCUCCUGACUUCGUAUGAGCUGAUCACCAUUGACCAGGCUGUUCUGGGCUCUAUUGAAUGGGCCUGUUUAGUUGUGGAUGAGGCACACAGACUGAAAAACAACCAGUCCAAGUUUUUCCGAGUGUUGAACAACUACCCUCUACAACACAAGCUGCUGCUGACAGGAACGCCUCUGCAGAACAAUCUAGAGGAGCUUUUCCACCUCUUAAACUUUUUAACUCCAGAGAGAUUUAAUAACUUGGAGGGUUUCCUCGAGGAGUUUGCGGACAUUGCAAAGGAGGACCAGAUAAAGAAGCUCCACGACAUGUUGGGUCCUCACAUGCUCCGGAGACUGAAGGCCGACGUCUUCAAACACAUGCCUUCAAAAACCGAGCUCAUUGUCCGAGUCGAGCUCAGUCCCAUGCAGAAAAAAUACUACAAGUUCAUUCUCACUCGUAACUUUGAGGCCCUGAACACUCGCGGCGGAGGAAACCAAGUGUCUCUCCUCAAUGUGGUGAUGGACCUCAAGAAAUGCUGCAACCAUCCCUACCUCUUCCCCGCCGCUGCCACUGAGGCACCAAAACUCCCGAACGGCAUGUAUGAAGGGAAUGCCCUCACCAAGGCGUCGGGAAAACUGCUGCUCCUUCAGAAAAUGAUGAGGAAAUUAAAAGAGGGCGGUCACAGGGUUCUAGUCUUCUCCCAGAUGACCAAAAUGUUGGAUCUGCUCGAGGACUUUCUAGAAAACGAGGGCUAUAAAUAUGAGCGUAUUGAUGGAGGAGUCAACGGAAACAUGAGACAAGAAGCUAUCGACCGCUUCAAUGCUCCAGGGGCUCUUCAGUUUGCGUUCCUCCUCUCCACUCGAGCCGGAGGUUUGGGGAUCAACUUGGCCUCUGCCGACACGGUCAUCAUCUACGACUCCGACUGGAACCCUCACAACGACAUACAGGCGUUCAGCAGAGCUCAUCGUAUCGGUCAGAACAGGAAGGUCAUGAUUUAUCGUUUUGUCACCAAAGCAUCUGUUGAGGAGAGGAUCACACAGGUGGCCAAAAAGAAGAUGAUGCUGACUCAUCUCGUGGUCAGACCCGGCAUUGGCACAAAGACGGGCUCCAUGUCCAAACAGGAACUGGACGACAUCCUCAAGUUUGGAACAGAAGAGCUGUUCAAAGAUGAUGCUCCCGAGGGAGACAACAAAGAGGACGACAGCAGUGUGAUCCACUAUGACGACCAGGCCAUCGACCGUCUGUUGGACAGAAACCAGGACGCCACCGAUGACACGGAGCUGGCCAGCAUGAACGAGUACCUCAGCUCCUUCAAGGUCGCUCAGUACGUGGUCAAAGACGAGGACGACGAGGAGGAGGAGGUGGAGCGUGAGGUGAUCAAGCAGGAGGAGAGCGUGGACCCAGACUAUUGGGAGAAACUUUUGCGUCACCACUACGAGCAGCAGCAGGAGGAUCUGGCCCGAAACCUGGGCAAAGGCAAACGAACACGCAAACCUGUCAACUACAACGACGGCUCGCAGGAGGACCGAGGUAUACGACAGGACUGGCAAGAGGAUCAGUCUGACAAUCAGUCUGAUUACUCUGUGGCAUCAGAGGAGGGAGACGAGGACUUCGAUGAACGCACUGAAGCUAACGCACGGAGACCGAGCCGCAAAGGGCUGAGAAACGACAGGGACAAACCUCUGCCUCCGCUUCUGGCCCGAGUGGGAGGAAAUAUUGAGGUGUUGGGCUUCAAUGCUCGUCAGCGUAAGGCCUUCCUGAACGCGGUGAUGAGGUACGGGAUGCCCCCUCAGGACGCCUUCACAAACCAGUGGCUCGUCCGGGACCUCCGCGGGAAAUCUGAGAAAGAGUUUAAGGCCUAUGUGUCUCUGUUCAUGCGUCACUUGUGUGAGCCGGGGGCUGAUGGAGCGGAGACUUUCGCAGAUGGAGUUCCUCGUGAGGGUCUGUCCAGGCAGCACGUGCUCACCCGCAUCGGCGUCAUGUCACUGAUCAGGAAGAAGGUGCAGGAGUUUGAGCACGUGAACGGACAGUGGUCAAUGCCGUGGAUGGCGGAGCUGGAGGAGAACAAACGAGCUGCAGCUUUAGCGUCCGGAGAAGACCCCAAGACCCCGUCCUCUGGGACCCCCGCAGACACUCAGCCCAACACACCCAUCCCAGAGGAUUUGUCUAAAGCAGAUGACAAAGACGAUAUUAAGAAGGAGGUAGAGGACGGAAAAGUGGGCAAAAAGUCUGAUGAUACAGAUAUUAUUGAAAUCCCGGAUGAGUCAGACAAAUCCUCCACAAGCGGCAGAAAAGAGAGCGAAGAGGAGACGAAGGACGAGAAAGAAAAGGACGAGAGAGGGAGCGACACGAAGGACAGAGAGGAGGAGAGAGAGAAAGAACAGAAGCCGCAGGAGAAAGAGGCAGAAGUGAAGACGGAGGAGUCCAGAGCCGAUUCAGACGGAGGCAAAACUGAAGAUGGAAAAGAAGAAAAGAUGGAUACAAGUUCAUCUGCAGACGACAAAAAAGAGCAAAAGGAUGAAAAAGAUGUCUUGAAAAAUGAGGAUUCAGACAAACUUCAGAAUGGAGAAAACACCAAAGACGGAGUGACGUCGGCCGCGUCUGCUCUGGUCAACAUCAGCGAGGAGAAGAAGAAGGCCACAAAGCAGCGGUUUAUGUUCAACAUCGCAGACGGAGGCUUCACAGAGCUCCAUUCUCUGUGGCAGAACGAAGAGCGAGCAGCAACUGUCACCAAAAAGACAUUUGAGAUUUGGCACCGUCGCCAUGACUACUGGCUCUUGGCUGGCAUCAUACAACACGGUUACGCUCGGUGGCAGGAUGUCCAGAACGACGUGAGGUACGCCAUCCUCAACGAGCCCUUUAAAGGAGAGAUGAGCAGAGGGAACUUUCUCGAGAUCAAGAACAAGUUUCUGGCUCGGCGAUUUAAGUUGUUGGAGCAGGCGUUGGUGAUCGAGGAGCAGCUUCGUAGAGCAGCGUACCUGAACAUGACAGAAGACCCCGCCCACCCCUCCAUGGCCCUGAACACGCGCUUCAGUGAAGUCGAGUGUUUGGCCGAAAGUCAUCAGCAUCUGAGCAAAGAGUCAAUGUCCGGGAACAAACCAGCCAACGCAGUCCUACACAAAGUUCUCAAACAACUUGAGGAGCUGCUGAGCGACAUGAAGGCAGAUGUGACCCGUCUCCCGGCAACCAUCGCUAGGAUACCCCCGGUUGCCGUGCGCCUGCAGAUGUCCGAACGCAACAUCCUUAGCCGGUUAGCGAGCCGCGGCCCCGACGUGACGAGCCAAGGUCAGGGGCAGGUGCAGGUGUCUCGCUGAACUCCUGGAUCGACCAUAAAAAAAACCCCAAAAAAUGAACUAUUUGUACAAUGUUUUAUUCUGAAAAUCCAGGUCAGUCCAGACAGAGCCACAACCUUUGACCUCUGACCCCCGCGGAGAAGGAGCCGGAUUCAGACACAGGACUAAGGCCGGACUAAGGCACCAAAAAGGUCUAAGAACCACGGACCUCACUGUUUUUUGUCAUGUUUACUGUCAGUGUAAUGGGACUAAGCCAGGACGAGAACUAGAACUAAACCAAAACUACUGACUUUAGGACUAAACUUAAAGUAGAAAUAAACCAGUGUCAGACAAGAACUAAACCAGGAUUUAACAAGGUCUAAACAAGGACCAGAACUAGAACUAAACCAGAAUUAAUUUAUAGUACCAAACAAGGACUAAACCAUGACUAAAUCUGGUCUAAACUGGACUAAACCUAAACUAAAUCAGGACUAAACCAUGACCUUAAUAAUUUCAGCGCCAGGAAUCGAUACUAGGACUUUAGUUUAAACUGGAACUAAACCAGGUCUAAACCAGGACUGGACUACGAUUAAGCCAGGUCUAUAACAGAACUAUACUAAGACUAAACAAGGACUGUGACUGUAUCAGGACUAAACCAGGAGCAAACUGGAACUAAACAAGGUCCAAAUUCAGACUCACCUAAACCUUAACCAGGUCUUUAUCAGAACUAAACCAGGAUUGGGUUUGGACUAAACCAGGUGUAAACUACAAAUCAAGGAUAUAAAUAGGUCAAAACCUUGUACAAAAGCAGGACUUGAUCAAGACUAAACCAGGACUGGAUCAGGACUAAAACCGAACUGACGAUGAGCCUGUUGUUGAGCCACAAAAACUGUCCGAUAUUUCUCACUGGAACUGAGCUUGGACGCCAUGGCAACCUUCACAAACCAGGGUCAAAUUGUGUAACUACGACGAGUCUAAACGCAAGUCAAACGCGCAGCAUGUUUGAAGUUUACCGAAUUUGACGUGGAACAAGUUAUUUUCUGUUUCAUUUUUGGUCCUUACAUGUUUUUCAUGUGUAGAUGUGGGUGGAGAGGACGCGUGAUAGUUUUUCUGAUUCAAAACAUAUUAUUGUACGUCAACCACCACGAAAACACGAGGGUUUUAAUGUCUCUUUGUCCCAUAGUUGUCACGUCAUUGUUGUCCGCACUAGGGCUGCUCACGUUGAGAAAUAAAUGUGAAGUUUAAAAUGACAAUAACGCAAUUUCAAUAUUUUAAUACGUUUUUGUAGUUGAGUUCAAUUAAAGAAAGUAUAAACGCUUGGCUUGUCAAAGUUGGUCAAAAAAAAAAAAAAUAAUAGAGUCAAACCUGAGAACGAAGGAAAGCUAAUUAAUUAUCUAUUCUGAUAAUAUUUAAGAUUUUAACCAGGAAUUAUUAAGAACAACAAAUAUCUGUAAAAUAAUAGCACUUUUGCAAUAUGUGUGAAAGCUACCAUUUGUUUUGAUGAGGGUACGGGAAACAGGUUUCACGUUUUUUUUUGCCAUCCACUGGUGAUAAAAACAAUAAACGUACGGGAGGUAGCCUUAAGUUCGUACACAUUUUGUUUGCUGGUACCUCUUCUCAACACAUUUCGCAGCCCUAGUUCACUCCAUCACCUGUGUUUUACAAGGUGGGAGUCAGACCCCAGCAAGCUCCUCAACAUUCCUAAAACAUUGUAGCUUCACCCCCCGAAACCUUUUCUCGCAAUACGAACGUUUGCUUUGGAGCUGUUAAGUACUUCAAAAUUAGAAUAAAUAUCGGCAAUCUUGUUUUAUUUAAUUUGUUAAUGUCUGUUAUAUAUUUUGCAUUGUAAUUAUUGUUGAUUUUAUCAUUGAUGUUUGUUUUAUGGACCUCAAUAAAUGGUCAGCAAUUGUACAUGUCUUUUCAACCUUGCCAGUAUAUGUUGAUGAUAUGAUACUUUGCAGCAGAUGUUCGAUAUUCCCUGGGGGUGUGAUAACUAAAAUAACUAAAGGCUCUACUCUGUCUGAGGGUUUUUAGACGUAAAUGUGAGCUUUGUUUUAACACAGUUUGAACAGAAAGAACUGAAUAACAACAGGAGAGCUGAUUUGUGUUGUUAAACGAGUCUCUCAAAUAAAAUACCAGCAACACAACUACCUAGGGCAACAGUAGCUCAUUUAGUAGAGCGUUUGUCCCAUAGAACGUAUUUAUAAAUGAACAUAUCUAACGCUCUAGUUGCCACGUCCCUAAUAAAAAGUUCACCAGGAGGCUCUUCCGGCUCCUUCUGACCCUGACUCCAAUUCACUUACAUUAGGAUUUUGUCGCCUCUCUCUUUGUAAAUGCUGCAGUAAGCCUCGUCAUUUUGUUCUUAAAAUGUUUGUAUUAACCCGCUCUACAUGAUCCUGAUUUUUUUUUCUUUUUCGCUGUUUUAUCCGUCAAAAAAUACCUAUUCAUAACAUAGAGCCUGGUUCCAGAUUCGCUCCUGUAACCAUGAACAUCGUGAGCCUCAUUUGUGCGGCGCUGAACACUGUGGUCCCCCUACAUCCUUUGGUGAGCGUGAAUGUGUGAGUGGUUCUUUAUUGUAAAGCACUUUUGAGUGACUUGAAGGUGGAAAAGCGCAGUAUAAAAAUGUGACCAUUUAGCAUUUUCCAACAGUUUUUCAGUUAGUCACUCACCUAAACAGGUCCAUAAACCCUUGUACUGAUCACAAUCUCCUUAAAUGUGUUUUAAUCAAUUUUGUAUUUUUUUCUUGAGUUUUCAGACUAUCUUAAAACUUAUUAAUAACUCAUGAACAUUCUGCCAACAUUAUGCCAUAGAUGUAGAACACCUCCAGUCUGAUGUCACUGCAAAGUAUCGAUAGAGCUAAUGUUUAACAGGGUUCCCACGGUGGAAAUUGAAAAUGUCAUUUUUCAGGCCAUGGAAUUUUAUAAAUUCAAUGAAAGUUUUGGAAAA